CUCAAAAGUGGGAUAUUUGUGACUACACGGGGCAGCGCAGGGGUCCACACUGAGGGGGGCUGCCUGUGCUCUGAGCUUCGUUUAGUUUCCCCGUCAUUCUCUCCGCGCAGCCAUGUCUCGAAUAUUGAACCUGAUCAGCAUUCAGCUGCGCAAAGACUUCUCCGCGUGUGGCGGGAUUUCCCGGCUCCCCCUGAGGACCAUCUGCUGCACCUCAAGAAAGCAUGCAGAAGAAGGUGAUGCCUCGUCAGGUUUGGGAAAGCGCCUGAAGGACGCUGCGGACACCGUCAUCAUUGGUGGAGGAUGCGUGGGGGUCAGCGUGGCCUAUCACCUGGCCAAAGGUGGCAUGAAGGACGUGGUGCUGCUGGAGAAGUCUGAGCUGACGGCCGGCUCCACCUGGCACGCUGCGGGCCUGACGACCUAUUACCAUCCAGGCAUCAACCUGAAGAAAGUCCAUUUUGACAGCAUCAAACUAUAUGAGAGCCUCGAGGCGGAAACGGGACAGGCCGUGGGCUUUCACCAGCCCGGCAGCGUCCGCAUUGCUUCCACAGCAGCUCGCGUGGACGAGAUGAAGUACCAGAUGACUCGCACGCACUGGCACGUGACGCCGCAGUACCUCAUCGGACCAGAAAAAGUGAAAGAACUUUUCCCCCUGCUCAACAUCGACAAGGUGUUGGCAGGUCUUUAUACCCCUGGAGAUGGCCACAUUGACCCUUACUCUCUAACUAUGGCUCUGGCUGCUGGAGCUCGUAUGUAUGGGGCCCAGAUCUACAAUCCAGCUCCAGUCACUGGGCUCAACCCAACAGCGGACGGGAAGUGGGAUGUCCAGACUCCUCACGGGACAAUUCGUGCAAAUCGCAUUGUGAACGCCACAGGCUUCUGGGCUCGCGAAGUGGGCAAAAUGAUUGGUUUCGAACACCCCACCAUCCCUGUGCAUCACCAGUAUGUAGUGACAGCGACCGUGCCAGAGGUGAAGGCUCUGAAGAAGGAGCUGGCUGUCAUCAGGGACCUGGAGGGCUCCUACUAUAUGCGUCAGGAGAGGGACGGGCUGCUGUUUGGUCCAUAUGAGAAGAUGGAGAAGAUGGUGCUUCAGGACUCCUGGGUUAGAGAUGGAGUGCCACCAGGUUUUGGGAAGGAGCUGUUUGAGUCGGACCUCGACAGAAUAAUGGAACAUAUUGAGAUGGCCAUGGAGAUGGUCCCGGUGUUGAAGAAAGCCGACAUCAUCAACGUUGUGUCUGGACCAAUCACAUACACGCCUGACCUGCUGCCCAUGGUUGGACCACACCAUGGCGUUCGCAACUACUGGACCGCCAUUGGCUUUGGGUAUGGAGUCAUCCAUGCCGGCGGCAUCGGUAAGUUCUUGAGCGACUGGAUCAGGAACGGAGAGCCUCCCUACGACCUGAUUGAAUGUGAUCCCAACCGAUAUAGCACAUGGACGGACGUACCUUUCAUGUGUGCCAAAGCAAGAGAAUCGUAUGGUUUCAACAAUGUGGUGGGUUAUCCCAAGGAAGAGCGUUUUGCCGGUCGGCCAACCUGCAGGAAAAGUGGUGUUUACGAGCUGCUGAAGGACAAGUGCUCCAUGGGCUUUCAUGCCGGCUGGGAUCAACCCCACUGGUUCUACAAACCAGGAGACGACACUGGAUACAAGCCCAGUUUCAGACGCACCAACUGGUUCAACCCUGUUGGGAGGGAGUGCCGACUGGUGAUGGAGAAGGUGGGCGUGAUCGACCUCACGCCUUUCGGGAAGUUUAUAGUAAAAGGGAAGGACUCGCUCAAGCUGCUGGAUCGGCUGUUUGCCAAUACCAUGCCUAAGGUUGGCCAGACUAACAUCAGCCACAUGCUGACGCCCGCUGGGAGAGUCUUCGCUGAGGUCACCAUCACCCAGCUGACGCCAGGAGAGUUCCUGCUCAUCACAGGAUCGGGGUCUGAGCUCCACGACCUCAGGUGGAUUCAAACUGAAGCUGCCGAGGGCCGAUAUGACGUGGCCAUCAGCAACGUGACAGACGAGAUAGGCGUGCUGGGAAUUGCGGGACCGAAUUCCCGGAAGGUUCUCCAGAAGCUGACGGACGAGGAUAUGAGCGAUGCCGGGUUCCGAUUUCUCCAGUGCAAGAAUAUCCAGCUGGCUGGCAUCCCCGUCAGGGCCAUCAGGAUCUCCUACACUGGUGAGCUGGGCUGGGAGCUGUACAUUGAACAGAAGGACAUGGCAGCCGUGUACCAGGCCAUGAUGGAAGCAGGAAAAGACGAGGGCAUCGACAAUUUCGGCACCUACGCCAUGGCCUCGCUCAGACUGGAAAAGGGCUUCAGGGGCUGGGGAGCUGAGAUGAACUGUGACACAAAUCCUCUGGAGGCCGGGCUGGACUAUUUCAUUAAACUGAACAAGCCGGCAGACUUUAUUGGCAAAGCGGCGCUUCAGCAGAUUAAAGCCCAAGGCCUGAAGAGGAAGCUGUCCUACCUCUCUGUUAGAACGGACGACGUUGACCCAGAAGGCAACGAGACCAUCUGGCUCAACGGCAAGGUGGUCGGCAACACCACGUCUGGAGCCUACAGCUACAGCAGCCAGCAGAGCCUGGCGUUCGGCUACCUGCCCCUGGAGCUGUGCUCUGUGGGCCAGCAGGUGGAGGUGGAGCUGCUGGGCAAGAAGUACCCCGCCACCGUGAUCCAGGAGCCCCUCGUCCACACCGAGCCCACACGGACCCGGCUCGCCAAGAAAGCAAAGGCUAAAGCAUGAGCAGCGGUGGUACUUGGAGAAAAGUUCAUGAAUCCUACUGUGAAUGAAAAACAAUUGGGGGUGGUGGUGGGUGGG